AUGGAUCCAAUAAAGUACAUAUUUGAAAAGCUUGUUGUUACUGGUAGAAUUGCCCGGUGGCAAAUGCUGCCCACCGAGUAUGAUAUACAGUAUGUGACUCAGAAAGCAAUUAAAGGGAGUAUUCUAUCUGACUAUCUAGCUCACCUGCCUGUUGAAGGCUACCAAUCAUUAAAGUUUGACUUUCCAGAUGAAGACAUCAUGUUUAUUAGAGAUUUUACUAUGCCAGGCUUCGAGGUAAGUCCUGAGGAAGGCCCCGAACCAGGAUCGCGAUGGACGCUCGUGUUCGACGGUGCUUCCAAUGCCCGAGGUCAUGGUAUAGGUGUUGUUAUCACUUCUCCAACUGGUUUCCACAUCCCCUUCACCGCUAGAUUAUGUUUUGACUGCACCAACAAUAUGGCAGAAUAUGAAGCAUGUACCUACAGUUUAGAGGCGGCAAUCGAUUUGAGAAUCAAAAUCCUUAAGGUAUUCGGUGAUUCAGCUCUGGUAAUCAGUCAAGUGAAAGACGACUGGGAGACUCGAGAUAGCAAGUUGAUACCCUAUAAAGAGAAUAUUAGAAAAUUGAUCCCUUACUUUGAUGAGAUCUCCUUUCAUCAUAUUUCUAGGGAAGAAAAUUAG